ACACUACAGGAAGUGAGCUAACUUUCGUCAGUUGCAUCAGUGCCGUCGACCAGUCAACGCAGGUAGGUCGCGGGUCCAGCCAGGCGUCUCCACCGACCACACAAUCCACAAUGACUAACAUGAGCUGGUGCGGACGUGUUGGGAUUCUGGGCGUGACAACUGUCCUACUGUUGGUACUGCUGGCAGCCCACGCCCAAGCUGGUCCUGUCGCUAAAAGGGAUAUCGGUGACUUGCUGGAGGGUAAAGACAAGCGGCCCUUCUGUAACGCCUUCACAGGUUGUGGCAAGAAGAGGUCAGACCCCAGCAUGGAAGGCUUGGCCUCCAGCUCUGAGCUCGACGCCCUGGCCAAACACGUCCUGGCCGAAGCCAAACUGUGGGAGCAACUCCAGAGCAAGAUGGAGAUGAUGCGCAGCUAUGCGUCCCGUAUGGAGAACCACCCAGUGUACCGAAGGAAGAGGUCCACCCCUCACACCCAGCCCCGCCAGCACCUCACCUCCACACCUCAACAAAAGGUGGAAACCGAGAAGCAGUGAGGUGAGAGAACUGUCCAGUGAGGCCGCCUCUACGCACACUCGCCUCAUCACUGGUUGAUGUACGCGAUUCCUCACUGGCUGCUCCACUCCCCCAUUCCCCAAACCUAAUUUUAAUUCUCACCAUCGACGAAGAGUGUACAAAGAGACAUAAGCAGAAUUCCUGUUUUAACAUGGGAAUUAGAGAAAAACAUAUACAGGUAUUUCUGGUAAAGUUCCGUGGUUGAACUUCGACUGACUCGUUGCUAACAUAAUUGUUAUUACCGAUCAACGUCAUUCCAAUAAAAUUGUCCAGAUUUCAUUGAAUUUUAUUUAUCUGUCUAUAUUCUGUCUAAUAUAAAGGUUUUGCUGUUGCAUUGUAUUUGUAAGUGUUUUCGAAUGCACGUUUCCGUGGUAAAGACAUUGAUGUUUGGUCUAAGAAUGUCAUCAGGUUUGACUGGUACUGGAACAUAAUGAUGAUCCCGAGGGUUUAGUUCUCUUGUACUGUACUCCAUAGAAAGUUUAGCUUUCAACUGUGUAUCUGUGAGUCAUGAAACAGUGCUGUAUGGCUUGGUGUUAAAACGAAUUAGAAUCCUCUGUUCCUC